AUGUGUUCACAUGUGACUUUCCAAGUUGAUUCAGUAUCAAAUAAAACGGCAGAGAAAAUUCAGUUCGUCGCAAGACGUAUGAACAAAGCUCGUAUACAUCAACAUAGUCGUUUGGCUAAUUGUGUACUUUCAAGUAAGGCUAAUAGUACAGAAAAGCGCUGUAAUACAUACUUCGAAACAAAAGUAGUUUCUGAAAGAAAUGAUCCAGAAUGGGAAGAGUUUUAG